CAGCUAGCCAGUGGUUCCAGGCUUGGGUCCCCAGGGCAAGCUCAGAGCAAGGACUUAAUGCUGGUCAGGACCCGGCUGGGCAGCCCGUCACUCCCCUCUGGCCCUCGUAGGUGCCAAGAGCUGGCUUGCUGCUCCUCUCAGCUGCCCACCAUGGCCCGGGGGCUGCCCAGCACUGCCAGCCUGGUGCGCUUCUGCCAGAAGCUGAACCGGCUGAAACCACUGGAGGAGUCCACCAUGGAGACAUCGCUGCGGCGCUGCCUGAGCACGCUGGACCUGACCCUGCUGGGUGUGGGUGGCAUGGUGGGCUCGGGCCUCUACGUGCUCACGGGCACCGUGGCCAAGGAGCUGGCUGGCCCUGCAGUGCUUGUGUCCUUCGGCGUGGCCGCCAUGGCCUCCCUGCUGGGAGCCCUAUGCUAUCCAGAGUUAGUGGCACUUGUGCCCGGCCAGGGCUUUGCCUACCUGUUCACCUGCGUGUCCAUGGGUGAGCUGUGGGCCUUUCUCAUCGGCUGGAAUGUGCUCCUAGAGUACCUCAUUGGUGGAGCUGCUGUGGCCCGCGCCUGGAGCGCCUAUCUGGAUGCCAUCUUCAGCCACAGCAUCCGCAACUUCACUGAAACCCAUGUGGGCAUCUGGCAGGUGCCCUUCCUGGCCCACUACCCAGAUUUCCUAGCUGCUGGUGUCCUACUUUUGGCCGCAACAUUUGUCUCCUGUGGAGCCCGCAUCUCUUCCUGGCUCAACCACACCCUCUCUGCCAUCAGCCUGGUCGUCAUCCUCUUCAUCAUCAUCCUGGGGUUUGUCCUGGCCCGCCCGCACAACUGGAGCUCUGAGGAGGGUGGCUUUGCGCCCUUUGGCUUCUCCGGCAUCAUGGCUGGCACCGCCACCUGCUUCUUCGCCUUCGUGGGCUUUGAUGUCAUUGCCGCCUCCAGUGAGGAGGCCCAGAACCCAAAGCGAGCUGUGCCUAUGGCCAUCGCCAUCUCGCUUGGCCUGGUGGCUGGUGCCUACAUCCUCGUCUCCACUGUGCUCACCCUCAUGGUGCCCUGGCACAGCCUGGACCCGGACUCAGCACUUGCUGAUGCCUUCUACCGGCGGGGCUAUAGCUGGGCGGGCUUCAUCGUGGCAGCUGGCUCCAUCUGCGCCAUGAACACUGUCCUGCUCAGCAGCCUCUUCUCCCUGCCACGCAUCGUCUAUGCCAUGGCUGCCGAUGGGCUCAUCUUCCAAGUGUUUGCCCAUGUGCAUCCCCGGACGCAGGUGCCCGUGGUGGGCAUCCUGGUGUUUGGGAUCCUCAUGGCUUUCCUGGCGCUGCUGCUGGACCUCGAGGCACUGGUCCAGUUCCUGUCCAUCGGCACACUGCUGGCCUACACCUUUGUGGCCACCAGCAUUAUUGUGCUACGCUUCCAAAAGGCCCCUCCAUCCAGUUCCCCGGGUCCAGCCAGCCUUGGCCCCGUGGCCAAGGAGUACGACUCCUUCUCAGACCACAUACAGCUGGUGGGCACACAGCAGGCCUCAGCCCCUGAGCCUGGGCAGCUGCGACCAGCCCUGAGGCCCUACCUCGGCUUCCUGGGUGGGUGCAAACCUGGAGCCGCCGUGGCUUGGGCACUCGGUGUCCUGGUGGCCUCGGCCAUCACCCUGAGCUGUGUGCUGAUCUUCGGGGGCUCGCCCCUGCACCUCCCGCUCUGGGGCUACACCCUGCUGCUCCUGCUCAGCUCCGUCAUGUUUCUGCUCAGUCUCCUCGUCCUGGGGGCCCACCAGCAACAGCGCCGGCAGGACACCUUUCAGAUUCCCAUGGUGCCCGUGACUCCAGCCCUGAGCAUCCUCCUCAACAUCUUCCUCAUGCUGAAGCUGAGCUCCCUGACCUGGCUGCGCUUCUCCGUCUGGCUGCUGAUCGGCCAUGCUUCGUCUCCCAUAGACGCCUCCCCCUCCCCAUUCCUGCCUGGAAGGACCACACAGGAAGCUGCUGGCUCUGGCAGCUUUACUCCUCGGCUCUCUGCAGCCCUGACCUCAGCUUUCUCUGGGCCCCAAGGACAACCAGGUACCCGUGACCCCGCUCCAAUGACCAGGCUCAGGGCUGUGUUCUCUCACCCUGGCCCUUCUGAACCCGCCUCCCACGGACACGGCUCUGGGGAUUGAGAGGAGCAGGGACCCCAAGGCUUUGCUGGGGCUCCAGGUGCCAGAUGAUUCCAGAUGCUGCCCAGCCUGGGCCCCAGCCCUGGCCCUCCCCAACCUGGUCCAUGUCCCUCCACCAGCAAGCUGGCAGCAUGCCCCUGGUCACCAGGGACCCAUGAGAAGGCAGCCCCUUGUCUCCCUGGGGUGGGUAUCCCCAAAUUCCUGCCCCUCCCUGGGACCAAGAGAGGGCUUGGCUCCUGCAGCCCCGUUCCUCCCCUCCUGACCGUGGGCCAGGGAGCACAGAGAAAUUCUCCAGCAGGCAGGACUCAGGGCCCCAGGAAGAUUCCAGAGGCAGGACCAGGCCAGCCUGCUGGGGGCUUCCAUGUCCUCUGUUAGGGACAUUCUCUCCACCCCCUGGGCUCCACCUGGGGUCUUGGUCAGAGCGUGGUCCUCAUGCAGUUGCCUCAGGCUGGGGUGGGCAGCGGCCCAGACACGUUCUCAGGUGUGACCUUGGGCAGCAGUGACAGAUGUGU